AUGUCGGCCAUGUGGGCUUGUCUGGUUCUGUCUGUGCUCUUGGGUUGGGGCUGCAUAGCCGGCCCUUCAGGUGGGAAGGCGCAGCAGCUGGGAACGCCACUCUCUGACCAGGAGUACCGUCAGUUCUUCAGGUUCCUCCGGCCUGCCCACCGUGCCAGCUCUGCCUGCCUCCUUCGUGCGCUGUACGGCUGCCAGAACCCCCUGGUCCAGAGACUGGACGAGUACGAAAACCACGGAGUCGUCCCUGAGGGGCCCAUAUGCUCCGAACUGCGAGGAGCUCCUUUCUUCCCUGACUUCUGCACCUUUUCUUUUUAUCGCUGUACUAGGAAAAGGUACUUCAUUAAGAGGACUGCAUGCCCAGGAGAGACUAAGGCACGAGCCUUCAACGACAUGACCAUGAGCACUGAUGCCAUGUUGUCCGGCAUCUUCAGUCCCCAGACCCUUUUUCCCAUGUCUCCCACAACUGCCCAGCCAGCCAGUGGCCAGCAGCAAGGACAGCUGCCCACCAGUGACAUCCAAGAUCUCCUCCUGAGGCUACAAGAUACCCAUGUGCAGAGUUCACUGCAGACACUGCAGCAGUUGUUGAGCAUGGGGAAGGCAGUGGAGGAGGAAGAAUUGCAGGCUGCUGCCCUGAAGCUGCUGGUGGCCCUCAACAAUGCAAGUGUCUCAGUGGUCAACCAGCACUGA